GCGACGCGACCAGGCGCUAUCCGCCUCCCAGCAAUUCCUCGGUUGAAGGCCGUGCACUGCUGCACGUGCUCGACCUGAAAAAAACUGGUCUCGGGGCAAAUCGCGCCGCCCGAAACCCCCGGGAAUCCAGCACAUCGCCGGUAGCCGGGAGCGAGGCCCAGCUCGUGCACUUCGGGCUGGGAGCCGCCCCCGAAGAAAAACCAUGUCGUCGCGGCCGAUCAAGGGCAUCCACUCGAUCAACGUCGACAGGGGCUUCGGCCCCGAUGGCCGCCGCGUCAAGUCGCCGUCGGACGGUUUGAGCCUGCAGGUCGCGUCGGACAAGCGGCGCUCGCCGACGCACCACCACAAGCGGUCGCCCGCGAAUUCCCGGACGCCGAGCCCGAACCUCGAGAAGCAGUUCGGCCGGAGCAGCGGUGGCCGCGCCAAGACGGCGAGCGACAUCUACCACGCGUCCAUCAAGAGCCCGCGGUCCGCGUUCCAGGCGCCCGGCGAGGGGUCGUCGAGCAAGAACAAGUCCGGCGGCGCCAAGGCCUGGCGCGCGUCGCCCGUCGGCGCCAAGGCCGCCGGCGCCGGCGGCCGCGAGCGCAAGUCGCCGAGCCCCUACAGUAGCUCGAGCCGCAAGUCGCCGUCCGCGGGCCUCGGCGGCGACGAGAAGAAGAAGGCGCUCGGCGCGAAGGAGCGCAAGGAGCGCGACCGCGCCGCCGCCGCGGCCGCCGCGGCGUCCGCGGCCAUCGUCGAGGAGGAGCUCAAGCACGACGACGACGACGACGACGAGCCCGAGAGCGACGUCGACGACGUCGAGCUCCAGUCCAUCACCGCGGGCCUCAACCAGGGCGCGCUCGGCCCGCGGCCCCAGAACGGCGCGAGCCACGUGCCCUCCCGGCUGCCGAGCCACCUCGCGGGCGACGAGAAGAAGGAGGCGGCGGAGAAGAAGGCGCCCAAGGACAAGACCGACCCGCCGCGGCCGCGGUCCGCGCCGGGGAGCCGCGGCCACGGCGCGGACGCGGAGCCGCGGCCCCGCGACCGGUCCGCGUCCGUCCGCGACGGCUCCGCGAGCCGGGGCAGCCCGCGGUCCGCCGUGCACCGGCGCCACGUGAGCGACAUCCGCGUCGACGCCGCGCCCGCGGGGCCCGACGGCGAGCCCCUGUCGCCGUCCGCGCCGCGGCGCCGCCGCGGCGACGCGGACCGCGGCUCGUCGGACCGGAAGCCGCCCAAGGAGGAUCACAAGGCCAAAGAAGAAAUCGCGCCGCCCCCGGCCCGCGACCGGGCCGGCUCCGAGCCCGCCCCCGAGGAGACGGACGCGUCCCUGCGGACGAGCCUCCAGCGCGUCCUCGCGGCGGAGCACGGCCCCGCGCGCGACGACGGCAUCAGCAUCCGCGAGAUCGAGGAGCUCCAGCUGCUGCUGGACUACAAGAAGCACCAGCUCCUAGCGGCCCAGCACGGCGAGGCGCCGGGCCGCGACCGCGGGUCGUCGCUGGAGGACGUGGCGCUGCCGCCGCGACCCGGCGACGCGGACCUGCCGCAUCCGCCGCCGCCGCCGGACGACGAGCCCGACUCGGAGCUCGCGCGGACCAUCGCGGCGCUCCAGCGCCUGCCGUCGCAGCUCCGCGUCGACAACCGGUCCGCGUUGAGCCACCUGACGGAGAUGUCGCGGCGGCUGAGCGCGUCCGUGGGCGCGGCGGCCGAGGCGUUCUCGGGCGGCCGCGCGGCCGACGAGCCCGACGACGAGGAGCCGGAGCUCGAGGGCCUCGCCCGCGACGCCUACGGCUUGGGCGCCGUCUACGGCGGGUCCGUGAACUCGGACUCGAGCCUGGGGGCCACGGGCAGCCUCGGCACGACGUCGACGGCCGCGGCGCCGGAGCCGCCGAAGGAGCCCGAGAAGACGGCGGCCAAGACCUUCGAGCCCCGCGACGACCGCGGCGUCGACGUCUUCACGGAGUCGAUCCUCCAGUCGAAGCGCGACGAGGACGAGGCCCUGGCGAAGUCGCCGACGGCCGCGGCGAACGGCCUGUUGCGGGGCGCGAACGAGAAGUCGCGCGCGGAGCGGCUCGCGCGGCUCCACGCGUCGGCCUGCGCGCCCAACGACAAGAUGUUCUCGUCGGCCUACGGCGCCUGGGUCACGUCCAAGGGCGGCCGGGGCAAGAAGGUGCCCAUCGUCCGCAAGGACGCGCCGAAGAAGGUCGAGAAGCCCGCCGAGGGCGACGACGCCGCGGAGCCCGAGGAGAAGGCCGGCAAGCCCGCGGGCCCGCCGCCGCGGCCGAGCCGCGCGCCCGUGCCCGAGGUGUCCUUCGGUCUCGGCGUCGUCGGCUCGACGCGCGAGGGCCGGCCCGCGGACGGCGCGCCGACGCUCAACUUCUCCGUGCUCGACGACCUCGAGGAGCGCACGGGCGUCCAGGCCGUCGUCGUCGGCCACGCGCCCGCGGCCUUCGCCGAGUCGUUCCGGAGCCCCUUCCACCGCCUCGUGGACUUUGGGCCCGACGUCGACCCGGACCGCGAGGACGAGAUCAACGACCGGUCGCGCCAGCGCGAGCGCGACUGGCUGCGCGACGGCGGCGACCGCGCGACGCACUCCGUGCGGUCGGCCCUGAGCUCGCCGGAGACGGUCAUCUCCUCCGUGUCCGACUACACGGCCUGGUCCUGCGCGAGCCCGAGGUCGCCGAACCACGUCGAGUUCUCCUACCGGCCGCCGCCGUCCUUCGUGCCGCGGAUCCGCCUCGAGGCGCUCCGCAGCCCGCGCCGCGGCGUCGUCGACGACUACAUCCUCAGCCCGGACCCGGCCAAGUCCAUCUCGACGCUCUACUCGCCGCGGUCCGCGUUCACGCCCCGGUCCUCCGCGUCCAACGACGACCUCCGCUCCGCGGGGAACGCGCCCGCGGCCAAGCACACGACGAACCACAAGGCCCGGCCCGGCGACACUCUCGACGCCGAGCGUGAUUAUGCAGCUCGGCUGUUCGGCGUUCACGCCAUCCGCGUGGCCGCCGCGAGCGCCGACGACGACGACGGCGACGCGCUGCUGCUCCAGUGCGCCUUUCUGGAGGAACCGGACGAGGACGAGGCCUCCAACGCCUUGCUGGACCACAGCGAGGGCGGGAGCGGCCAGCUCGCGGACGACGCGACGCUGCGCGUCGCGCUCGUCUGCGUCCAGGAGGCGCCCGCCGCCGUCGCCCGGGCGGGGCUCGAGCGGCUCUACGGCGCGGACCGGCUCCGCGGCGCGGGCCCGCUCCGCGCGGUCGCCGCGCGGCGCCGCGGCGCGCGCGGCCAGAGCGGCGGCGCGUCGCUGCUGCCGCUCCUGCGCUUCGGCGCCGUCGGCGACGGGAGCGGCGCGCGCGGCUGCAGCGCGCACCCGCAGCUCGCGAGCCUGCGGCGGAUCCUAAGGGCGAAGAGCGGCGUGCUCCGGAGCUCGGCGCUCGCGGGCCUCUGCGGCGGGCAGGGCAGCAAAAGGGUGAUUCAACGCGGCGGGUCGCGCGGCGCGGUGGACCUGCAGCUGCGCUUCGUCGCCUACCAGCUCCUGCGCUGCCUCAUGGCGGCCCACGGCGCCGGCGUCGCCUUCGGCGGCCGCGUCGACUCGCGGAGCCUCUUUGUCAGCGACCGGCUCUGGCUCCGCGCGCUGCCGCGCGUCGCCGCCGUCGCGGGCGAAGCGGCCGGCGACGCGCCCCUCUGCCGGCCGCCCCUGCACCGCAAGCCCGUCGUCGCGCGCUGGGUCGACGGCUCGCUGUCGAACUUCGAGUACCUCGUAUUAUUAAACGAGGCCGCGGGCCGCGGCAACUGCCUCAACAACGACCACUUCGUCUUCCCCUGGGUGUCGGACCUCAAGAGCCGCGACGGGGACGACCACUGGCGCGAUUUAUCGAAGACGAAAUUCCGCCUGAACAAGGGCGACCUCAUGCUGGAUCGCACCUACGGCGCGUCGAGGCACCACGUGCCCGAGCCGGGGCUCUCGGAGCUCGCGCUGUGCAUCUAUCUCGCGCGGAUCACCCCGAUCUCGGUGCUGCGCCGCGUCGUCCGCGCGAACUUCGUCGCGGAGCACUACCCGGCGACGGUGGAGCGCCUGUACGCCUGGACGCCCGACGAGGCCAUCCCCGAGUUCUUCUGCGAUCCGUCCGUGUUCAAGAGCCGCCACGGCGACCGGCUCCGGGACCUCGGCGUGCCCGGGUGGUGCGCGUCGCCGGAGGACUUCGUGUCCUACCACCGGGCGCUCCUCGAGUCCGACGCCGUGUCGUCGAACCUGCACGCCUGGAUCGACGUGACCUUCGGCUACGCGCUCGUCGGCGCCGCGGCCGUCGAGCGCAAGAACGCGCCUUUGAGGGAGCGGCCGCGGAGCCUCUUCGACCGCGUGGACCACCGCGCGCCGGGCGCGGCCGUGCUCUUCGCCGCGCCGCACCCGCGGCGCGCCGUGGCGCCGCGGGCGGCGUGCGACGCCGCGGCGCGGGCCGCGGACCGGGAGAAGCGCGCGCUCGAGGCGUUCCUGCGGCUCGAGCCCGCGAGCUCGCGCGGCGUCGACGCGCCGCGGCCGCCGGCGGACGCGCCCGCGGCGUCGCGCCGCCUGGCCUUCGACGCGUUCGGGGAUGCGCACGCCGUCGCGGGCGACGUCGACGCGCCCCUGCGGCGGCCGCCGAGGAGGCCGGCGGUCCGUCCGUUCGACGGCGCCGUCGCCGCGGACGCCGCGGCCGCGGGCGCGGUGCUCCUGGAGCUCUACCUCGGCGCGGCGCCGGACGGCGGCGGUGCGGCGCCGGCGCCCUGCGCCGUCGCGCCCCUGCCCGCGCCCGUGCGGCGCGCCGCCGCGGCGCUCGCGGCCGGCCGCGCGUCGCUCGACCGGAUAGCGGCGACGGCGCCGCCGGCCGCGUCCGACGACGACGACGACGCGCGGCGGCGAAAACCGGACUACGAGGACGCGGCGCCGUGCCUCUUCCCGAGCCACUUCGCCAAAGCCUACGACCUCGUCGCCGCCGUCGAGCGCGCGGCGACGCCGCGCGACGCCGUCGACGCCGUCCUGGGGAGCCUCGACGCGUUUGGCGACCUGGAACUCGCGGGCGCGCUGCUCUGCCUGCCCCACUACCUCGCGUGCCUCGACGACACCAAGGGCUGGAGCUUCCUCGCGGGCGACGAGAGCGACGACGACGACGACGAGAAACGCGCGGGGAGCUCCGACGACCUGUGCCUCUUCGUCGACGUCGUCGGGGCCAAGAUCGGCCAGGGCGCCGCGGCGCACGCGCUGGCGCCGCGCGUGGCCGCCUUCGUCGACGCCGUCGUCCAGCUCGAGGGCGAGGCGCCGGCGACGUUCUUACGCUACGGCGACUUAGUGUUUCGGAGCGUCGUCGACCGCUGCGGCGCGCGCGCGUUCGCCAAGCUCUUCGUGCCCACGCUGUGCGACGUCGCGCGGGGCGCGGGCGACGUCGCCGUCGCCGCGGCGGGCGCGUUGGGCCGCCUGGCGUCGCGCGACGCCCUGGGGCCGGCGCUCGCGGCGCGGCUCGUGCUUCCCGCGGUCGUCGCGGAUCUCGGCCGCGAGCAGCUCCACGACGACCCCGCACUGGGCGACGCGCCGACGCCGCGCGUCUUUGCCGUCGUGGAGCUCUGCGACGCGUUGGGCGCCGAGGCCGUGGCGCCGGCGGUGCUGAGCCCGCUAUUGGACGGGCGCGGCGCGUUGGCGGUUUUAGAGGGCGCGCUCUCGGAUCCGCACAACGGCGCGGCGCGGCGCGCGCUCCUCGAGAUCAUCCGGGUCUUACGGUCGCUCGUGGGCGCGUUGUCCCCGGCGACGGUGCUCCACUUUUACGUCGACGUGCCCCCCGUGCCGCUGCCGCGCCUGUUAGGCGCGCUGCUCCCGACGACGUCGACGCUGACCGACGCGGCGAGCGUCGCGGCCGCGAAGCGCGCGCUCACGGACGUCGCGAGCCUCGUGAGCCUCGUCUGCUUGGCGGUUGGGCCCGCGGCGUCGACGAAGCAUUUGUUGCCGGAGGUGGACCGCUUCUUCGGCCAGCUUGCGCAUCUGCGCGCGUCCGCGGCGGCGCUCCCGGGCGCGGUCUCGGAGCUCGCGGAGCGCCUCGCGCUCGACGUCGCGACGGAGCUCUACACGCCCCUGGCGGCGACGCUGGGCAUCGAGACCAUGCGGCGCCACGCGCCGUCGGCGCGGGGCCUGCUCGGCGAGGCGCUGCCGGGCGACGACGCCGCGCGCGACCGCGCGCCGCCGGGCGGCGCGGCGCGCGACGACGACGAGCUCCACAAGCGCGCGCUCGACUGGGGCCACGACCAGUUCGAGAAGGGCCUCGACUGGCUCACGCGCACGGCGGACCGCCUCGGCGGGCCCCCGGGCGCCGAGCCGCGGCGGCGGCGCGAGCACCCGGACGACGUGACCGUCGACGACGAGGCGUUCGGCCGCGGGGCCCGGAGCGCGGAGGCGGCGGCGCCCCGCGUGCCGCCGCCGCCGCCGCCGCGGCACCAGACGUCGCCCGGCGAGCGGCUGGGCACGAAGCGGCCCCCGCGCGCGCCCGCGGUCCUCGACGAGGGCCGGCGGCAACGCGUCCAGUCCGUCGUCGAGAACCAGGUCUCCGAGGGCAUGGAGCUCCACCGGCUCCGCGACGCGCGGUCCGCGGCCGCGCCCGCCGCCGCGCGGGCGCCCCGCCCGCCGAAGCCCGCGGCGCGGUCGUCGCGGCCGCUGCACGUCAAGGUGCUCACGCACUCGUCGUCGCUCCGCGGCGACUUCGACCCGCGCCAGUCCGUCGACACCUACGACGGCGAGCCCCGCGCGGACUCGAGCGACGACGACGACGACGACAAGCCCGGCGACGCCCCGCAGAAAGCGAAGGCCCCGGAGCCCGUCGUCAAGGGCCUCCAGCCGCAGGGCGCGAACGCCGCGGCGAUCCGCGACGAGCGAUUGUGGCUGCUGGGCGCGUACCCGCGGUCGACGCUCGUCGACGAGCGGCCCUGGGAGGCCCUCGACGAGCCCUGGGCGCCGCGCUUCUCCGUGUCGUCGCGGCCCCUGGCCUGGGUGCCGCCGACGGUCGCGGGCGCGGCGCGGACGGCCGGCGGCGCGGCGCCGGCGGCCGGCGCGGCCGCGGACUCGCGGGGCGCGCGCGUGCUCGCCGUCGACGCCGCGGAGACGGUGGUGCUCUGCGGCGGGCGCGACGGCCUCGUGCGCGUCUGGAGCCUGCGGCGCCACCCGCCGGAGCUGCAGGCGCGCGGCUACUCGGCCGCGUCCUACGGCCGGUCCGGCGCGCGGCGGGCCGUGCGCGCGCUCUUCACCUUCGACGGCGGCGGCGGCGGCGGCGGCCUGCGCGCGGGGAGCUGCGACGGCGCCUAUUUGGACGUCUGGGACGUGGAGCGGACGAAGACGAUCCGGCGGUGGGCGUGGCCGCGCGCGCGCGCCGCGGCGCAGGCCGCGGCCGCGCCCCCCGCGGCCGCGGGGCCGCCGGGCGCGCCCUACGGGGCGCCCUUCCCCGACGCCGGGUCCCAGCUCAUCGUCGACGCGGCGCCCAUGCCCCUGGGCUACGGCGCGGGCGGCGCGACGGCUGCGAGUCCAGGCGCGGCGUCCGCGCAGCAGCUCGUCGUCCUCGCGGAGCGCGCGCUGUCCAUCGUCGACGUCCGCGCGCGCGACGGCGCCGCCGCCGAGUGGCCCCUGCUCUUCGAGGGCGCCGACGACCACGGCGCGCCCCCGAAGCCGGGCCGCGAUUCGCGCGGCGACGACGACGCGGCCGCGGCGGCGCCCGCGGCGCCGCCCGCGACGCCCGGCGCGGCGUUGGAGGAGCCCCACGCGGGCCUGAGCUCGCCCGAGCCCCUCUUCCACGCGCGGGGGCGCGGCGGGUCGCGCGCGCGGUCCGUCGCCGCGUCCGCGCGCGGGUCGUGGCUCGCCGCGGGCUCCGAGCACGGCGCCGUCGCCGUGCUCGAGCGCCGCGCGGGCAAGGUGCUCGCGACGUUCCAGGCGCACCACAGCGCCGUCGUCGCCCAGCUGCCCGUGGGCCGCCACGAGCUGCUGACGGUGGCCGCGGACACGACGGCGACGCUCUGGGACCUGCGCGGCGCGCAGCCCCGGGCCGUCGCGACGGUGCGGGGGCUGCCCGACUACCGCGGCGGCCUCCACGCGGCGAACGUCAAGGCGCUCCACUUCGACCAGGGGGGGCUGCUGCUGCUGGCGGCGAACGGCCACAAGGUCGCGGCGACGCACGUGCCGCCGCGCGCGACGGCGCAGGCGCCCUACGCGUCCCAGGCGCACAAGCGCCACUUCGUCGACGACCGGGGCAACCGCAUCCACCGCCACCACCUCGCCAUCGAGUCCCUCGCGGUCCUCCCCAUGCGCCGCAUGCUCCUCCUCGGCUGCGAGGACGGCCACGUCCGCGUGACGGCCUAAGCAGCGCGUGUUUU